CACAUAUGUAUGAGUAGAAAUAUGUUGUGACACAUAUCUAUGCAGUACGUAGUUUUUUAAAAAUUGCAUUUCGAAAGAAAUGUUACUCUACAAAUUUUCAAGGAUUUUUCAUGCUUCUUAUUGUAUUAAAUAAAAUGUAUUUUAAGGUUAUUGAAAUCGACAAAAAUGACAUCAGUAACAGAGAAUACAAAGGAUGAGGCACAAGAAGAUCCGAUUAGAUGUAUAUUUUUUUCAGAAUUUCAUCCUAUUGUGGGUCCAAUGAUUACUUGUCAGGUUCCAGAUAAUUUUAUUUCAAAGGAUAUUUUUGACAAUGUCAGUGUUUAUAUUAUACCAAAAGCAAAGUUACAGCGUAGUACUAUCACAGUGACAUUGAAGGAUUAUAAAAUCCUAGGAUUUCCAGUAAAGAUUGAUGACAAGAAGUAUGCAAGAAAUGCAUUUUAUUUCAACUUAUGUUUUGUAUGUGAUGCAGAAGCUCGUACUGUACAUUAUGAACCUGUUGUGAAAAAGAUGUCUGAUUUUUUAAUGGCUCUAGAGGUAGAAAAUUGUUUUUUAUCUGCCUCUGAGGAUAAAACAAGAUUAGCAGAAAUGUUGCAACAUGUAAUGCAAGAUUUGAAUUUACACAAAAUGUGUACAUUAACAGAGGGGACAAUGACGUCCCAUUUGAAAGUCAUAAAAUUAGCACCUGAGCCGAAACCAGUUCUUGAUCAUCAGGUACCAAUAUUCUUGGAGGGUCGUGAAGCAUUCCAAACUGAUCAGUGGGAUUUAACCACUCAGCAAGUAUUACCAUAUAUAGAUGGAUUUAAUCAUGUUGCACGAAUAGCAGCUGAAGCAGACGUGGAAAAUAAUCUAGUUAAAAGUUGUGUGCAAAAUCUUAUUUAUUAUGGUGUUGUAACUUUAAUUCCAAUAUUUCAAUACAGUAAUGUGUAUGCUGCAACUUCCAAAUUGAAAGAAUUGGCCGAAAAUACAAAAUUACAAGAACGGUGCAUAGCAUAUGCUUCAAAAUUCCCUAGACAACCUGCAUAUCUUAGAGAUAUAUAUCGAAUGUAUGCAAGUAUGACACAUGGCAGCAGCAUGAGAGAUUUGUGUCAACGUCUCAAUCCUCAGAAUCUAAGAAUCAAUGAAAGGAGGCUGGUGCAAUUUGGUCUUAUUGAAGGUCUUAUUCGUCGAGUAUAUAAGGUUAUCAAAUCUAUUGUGAAAGAUCCAUUUCAUUUAAACAAUCAUUUGUCUUAUCUUUUAUCAACUUUCGUAAUUUGCAGUAUCCAAUAUAUUUAUCAGGAUCUCCUUUUAAUGAAGAAACGAAAAACAAUCCAGUUUAUAAGUACUUUACAGGAACAUACAGUCUUGAUGAAAUUUGUUGUAGUACAGGUCAAUCAGCUGCACAAAUCGAAGAUAUUGUUGAACGUGAUCCGAAUGUUGUUAUGUUAUGGAAGUAAUAUUUAGAAGUAGUAUUCAUGUUAUGAAUUUUGUUUUCUGUGAUUUUGAUAAGCGUAAAGGUCAUUCAUUUGAGUAGAUAUAGUAUGCAGGAUAUAUUGUGAAUGAUAAAUAGACAAAUUACAAUUAUAAAUUUAUUGUAUUUAUUGUA